AUGUACAAUUAUAGUAUAUUCCUCUUCGCUAACUGUUUCUCUUCUUCGUUAUUCAGCAGCGUGCAAGAAGCUCGUGUUCCCCCGCUAACUUCUACCUCCGAGCCACCUCCUCUUUUCAAUGGAACCCCCAGGUUGUACAUCAGUUAUAUUUGUCCCUUUGCGCAACGUGCUUGGAUCACUCGGAACUACAAGGGACUACAAGACAAGAUCGAACUGGUUGCUUUUGAUCUUCAAAAUAGGCCUGCCUGGUAUAAGGAGAAAGUCUACCCUGAAAACAAGGUGCCAUCAUUGGAGCACAAUGGGAAAGUCUUGGGAGAAAGUCUCGAUUUGAUCAAAUACAUAGAUGACAACUUCGAAGGGCCAUCUCUAGUUCCCAGUGAUCCUGCCAAGAAAGAGUUUGGUGAGCAGUUGAUUACUUAUGUUGAUACUUUCACCAAAGAGGUGUAUUUUGCAUUGAAAGGAGAUCCACUACAGCAAGCCAGUCCUGCUUUUGAUUACUUGGAGAAUUCUCUUGGUAAAUUUGAUGACGGUCCAUUCUUUCUUGGUCAAUUUAGUUGGGUGGAUGUUGCCUAUGUUCCAUUUGUUGAAAGAUUCCAGAUCGUCUUUUUUGAGGUGCUCAAACAUGAUAUAACUGAAGGAAGACCAAAACUUGCAGCAUGGAUUGAGGAAGUGAACAAGAUUAACGCUUAUACACAAACAAGAGCUGAUCCCAAGGAAAUUGUUGAUCUUUACAAGAAACGGUUUUUGGUACUGCUCAACAGUGAAAACCGGUUGCAGUGGGCGUCCUCUAAGAUUUAG